AUGUAGUGAGAAAACAAAAAUAAAAAAUGAGAGAGAUAAGAGGCUUUGUUGUGUUUCUUCGAUGGAAGUGUGCAGAAAGCUCGCGCGCAUGCUCGUGCACGAAACGGAAUGAAUACUAAUGUCGAAGAUGGCGACGGAGGGAGGAGGGAAAGAGACGAACGAAAUUAAAACGCAAUUCACCACACGGGAGGGCGUCUAUAAACUCCUGCCGAACUCCGAAUACAGCCGGCCCAACCGGGUGUCGUUCAACUCGCAGGGCUCGAACCCGGUGAAAGUCUCAUUCGUGAACGUGAACGACCAGUCCGGGAACGGCGAGAGAAUCUGUUUCAAUGUGGGCCGGGAGCUUUACUUCUACAUUUAUAAAGGCGUGAGGAAGGCUGCUGAUUUGAGUAAACCCAUAGACAAGAGGAUAUAUAAGGGCACACUGCCCACCUGCCAUGACUCGAACCCCCUCACGGCCACCGCAGAGAGCGUCUCCUUGUUGGUGGGCUUUUCUGCAGGGCAGGUGCAACUCAUCGACCCCAUCAAAAAGGAAACUAGCAAACUCUUUAAUGAAGAUAGACUCAUUGACAAGACGCCAGUGACGUGUGUAAAGUGGGUCCCCGGCUCAGAGAAUCUGUUUUUGGUGGCUCACGCUAGCGGUAGCAUGUACUUGUACAACGUGGACCACACUUGUGGGACCACUGCACCCCAUUACCAGCUCCUAAAGCAAGGCGAAAACUAUGCCGUGCACACCAGCAAGAGCAAAACGGCUCGCAAUCCUCUUCUCCGCUGGACGGUUUGCGAGGGUGCGGUCAACGAGUUCGCCUUCUCCCCUGAUGGCAAGUUUCUGGCAUGCGCCGGUCAGGACGGCUUCCUCAGAGUGUUUUGUUUCGAUUCCGCAGAACUCCACGGCACCAUGAAAAGCUACUUCGGUGGACUUCUAUGCCUGUGCUGGAGCCCCGACGGGCGAUAUAUCGUAAGCGGCGGAGAAGACGACCUUGUGACGGUUUGGUCAUUUUUGGACUGUAAGGUUAUUGCUCGCGGUCGCGGGCACAAGUCUUGGGUUAGCGUCGUGGCGUUUGAUCAUUGCAUUACUAGCGUCCAGGACUGCGAAGCGCCCACGGAGUUCAGCGGGAGUGAUGAAGAAUUCCACGAACAAGUUCAAUUCAAUGGUAGUCGAAAGCGGGCGAAUAGCGCCCAGUCUAGUUUCUCUCAGCGGAACUCUACGGACGGCCGAGGUGUCAGUGUGACAUAUCGGUUCGGAUCGGUCGGUCAAGACACCCAGUUUUGCUUGUGGGACCUCACCGAAGAUGUUCUGUUUCCUCAUCUUCCGUUGUCCAGAACUCACACAAAUGUCAUGAACGCAACUACUACUUCUGUCCCAGUUGGUAAUACCGCUACACUCGGUACUAACGGUAAUAAUAGCGUAAGCAGUAGUGGCAGUAGCGCCCCCUCGAACUCCUUAUCACCCGCUUUACCCCGUUCAAACAGUUUGCCACACUCUUCACCAGCAGGGGGCAGUAGCCCCAACAGCCACAAGCCCACUAGCAUCAUGGACAGCACUUUGAUAGCCACCGGCGUUAGCAAAUUCGCAACGUUAGCUCUACACGAAGCACGUAAGGAACGGCAUGCCGAAAAGGACCACAAACGCAAUCACAGCAUGAGCUACAUCAGUAACAAGAGCAGCGACAAGCUAAACCAGUUGAUUGGGACACGGACGGCCAAAACGGACGUUGCUAAGACGCUAGGGACUGCCCAGUGCCCGCGCAUGGAGGAAGUGCCAUUACUAGAGCCGCUAGUGUGUAAGAAAAUCGCCCAUGAGCGACUCACUGUGUUGAUUUUCCUGGAGGACUGUCUGGUCACAGCCUGUCAGGAGGGCUUCAUUUGCACAUGGGCACGACCUGGAAAAGUGGGUUUGUUGCAGUCUCAAAACCCGGCUAACUCUCCGAGCGGGACGGUCGUAUAGCUACUGUGUUUUGUGCUGUUGACUGGACUUCAGCACACAGAACUGGACCUGAGCUGAGAAGAACCGACACCUUAUAUCAACACCGUCAUGUUUGCAUUGAGGGACAUAUUUACUGUAAACAAGAACAUGUCCAGGUCAUAUUUUCACCCCAAAAUCAAAUGUUCUGGACCGGUUUUGUGAGAUUCACCCAUAAGGAAUAUCCAGUUGAACUGAUAUUCUAUGUUGUGUUCAGUAUUUUCAAUAAUAGUUCCUGUAAUUAGCUUCAGUCGCUCUGUUCGUUUUGUUUUUAAAGCUUGUAUAGUUCAGUCAAUUUCUUCCACUGAUUGUUUUACCUUGUCAGGACCUCCAUGUUUCCUCAGAGAUGUUUUGCGCUGCUUGUGUUGCGACUGACUGUCUUUCCUUCAUAAUUGCGUUAGAACAAAAACAGGUUCAAAGCCACUGAUGCGUUUCAGGUACAGCGUGUCGCUUCCCUUCAUCAGCGCUGGAUGUUGCAAUUGUACUUUUGUUCAAAAAGUGAAAAGGAGAAAAAUGUUUGCACUAAAUAAUUAGAAGAAAAUGGCUUUACAUUUUUUGGAGUUAUAAAAGGACUCUUUGGCAAUGCUGUAAAACAGAACUAAAUAUAUUUUGAACAUUAUAUUUUAAUAUUGUUUCAGAUGAAACGGGUUAUAGGAUAAUUUGUAAAUAUUGUAAAUGAAAGAUUUAUGAUGGAUUCAGAAUAAUAAUUACACAAAAUAGAAACAGUUGUAUUUCUAAUA